AUGAGCGCACAAUACAAACUAAGCCUUUCUUAUACUCCAUCGAAGUUUGAAGACCAGGACUAUCCUGAUACUACUGUUACCCAAUGCGCACCGUACGCCUCCUCGAUAGCGUACGCUUUUGCGGCCGUGAUAUUCGCCUACCACUUUCUCCUCUACCUGAGGAUCCUGCCGCCAUUUGCCUUCUCUAGGCUAGUUUGGAAACUCAUCGUAAUGCUUUCUCCUACAUCCCUUGUUGUUGCUUUGGAUAAGAAUCCUUCUGCGAAGUCUAAGCUAAACGAUAUUCAACUGCUACGAGGACCUGCACGGGAAGCAGCUAAGGAGGAAGCGAUUAGAAGGGUCCUGAAUUUGGGAAAUACAUCAUUCUUUUCUCCAACUGUCAAUGGUGGUGCUACAGAUUUGGUUUACUCUCGCCCUAAAGUUCUGACUCCUCAAGGACUGGGGAAUAUCAACAAUUCUUGUUAUCAGAACAGCGUUAUUCAGGGAUUUGCUUCCCUUCGUCGAUUGAAGCUUUUCUUGGAGUACAACUUACAGGAAUAUGGAACGCAGAAGAUGUCAACACAUUUAUCACUAGCAGAGAUGAUCAUUCAACUCAACCAGCUCUCAUAUCGCGGUGGGAUGCUAUGGCUUCCAAAAGAACUCAAGUCUAUGUGUAGCUGGCAACAACAAGAUGCACAGGAAUAUUACUCGAAAGUUAUGGAGCAAAUCGAUAGAGAAGCAUGCCAAGCGUCUAAGCUGAGACUUAUCGGCCAUGGGCUUAAACUAGAAUCUCAACCAUCUGAAAAGCCCUCUGUUCUUCCCCAGGCUCAUUCUCGAGAUGUUUCAAGCAAAAAUGUAUCUUCGGAAGUGACUAGCCUCCAUCAUAGCCCCCUGGAAGGACUCGCUGCUCAGCGAGUAGGGUGUAUGACUUGCGGAUACUGCGAAGGCCUGUCUCUGAUUCCAUUUACAUGCCUUACAGUUCCUCUCGCUCAGCGUCCGGAGUAUGACUUGAGAGAUUGUCUGGAUGAUUAUACUGCACUCGAGCCUAUUGAAGGGGUUGAGUGUGCUAAGUGCACUCUUUUGCGAACCAGGGAUGCCUUAAUAGAAUUCGUUGAGAAACUAGAAUCUCAAGAUUCUGAACUUGACUUCGAUCAAAAAACACAGAAACAAGUCUUCCAUACACUUACAAAAUCUAGACUCGAAAUUGUUCAACAGGCUCUUCGAGACGAAGAUUUUUCGGAAAGUACACUCUCUGAAAAAUGUCGCAUAAACUCAAAAGCCCGAGUCUCCACCACGAAGUCAAGGCAGUCAGUCAUCGCGAGGGCGCCUGAGUCACUUGUUAUUCACAUAAAUAGAAGCGUGUUUGAUGAGUUUACUGGUGUACUAAGAAAAAACUACGCCCGAGUUAUAUUCCCAGACAUUUUGGAUAUAGACGAAUGGUGUCUCGGUAGUAAGGAAAACGAUCUAUCGAGUGACCCUACUGCUGAAAGUUGGGAAACCGACCCUACGAAACCAAUGCUUUCUUCUCCUGAUGCAAAGUUUCGGUCCUCUAACAGAAAGUAUGAGUUACGCGCGGCCAUAACACAUUACGGUAGACAUGAUGAUGGACACUAUGUUUGUUACAAGAAGAUGUCUAUCCCAAUAGCAAACACUGACUUGAUUGAGAAUUGUGCUAAGCAUGUUGAUGGGAAAGAGCAAUGGUUUGAAAUGAACGACGCCGAUGUCUAUCCAGUCAGCAAGGAUUCGGUAAUGUCUCAAGGCGGUGUUUUCAUGCUCUUCUACGAGCUGAUCGAAACCUCUAGUUCUACUUUAGUGAGCGGCGUUGGUGAUUCCCUUGAGAAUAUAUCUAGUCACACCCUGGUUAAUGCUUCAGAUAGUCACCCUGAUUCGGUAAAUAUCACGGUACCUUAG